UCUCUCCCCUCACGUUUUCCUUUUCUUUCCUCACGGAGUAACGCGGAAAUCUACUGUUUUCAAAGGAAAUUUUGCAAUGUGGAAGCACUGAAGAAAACGCCGGUGGAAAGGUCAACAAGAACACAAGAAGCAACACGAAAACAGGAGUAGAUAUGACUGAAACUAUCAGUGCAUGCGACCGAUAUCCUCUACAUAGAGCUGUUUUUGAAGGCAAUCUUAGAAAGGUUUCAAGUCUUUUACGAGAUCAUGAUAUUGGUCAAAAGGACUGCCACGGUAAGUUUCAUUUUAACUUCCUAUAAUACAGAACGCAGCCCGGACAAUGUUUAUGUUUAUAUAUUUAAAUUGGCUUUUCAUAUUAGACAGAAGUCGCUUAUAAAAUUAUUAACGGUGAUUUUAUCAGUAUUCGUAAACUUAAUACAAUUACAGUAGUAACAGCUAGUACAUAUACUUGUCGAUACUUUUUAGUGCUCGAUAUUUGAAUCUAAAAUCAUUCCUUUUCCGGUCAAUUUUAUUGUAUCAAUAUUUUAAAUUAAAAUAUCUUGAAUGUUGAGCAUGUUUUUGUUGUUCACGCCUUAUUUGCCACGUCGUGUUCCCAUCAAGUGUACAAUGCUCAUGUAUGUUUAAGUGUCUUUUGAUGUCAUUUCACAGUAUGACAACAAAAACCCCAAUAUUUUCCAAUAUGAAAAAUAAUUUGUGACUUAAAAAAGUAUGGACGGACUAGACAAUUUAUUUGUAUGAUGUUCUACCAGGCAAAAGAUAUUUGUAUUGUUAUAUCAUUAAAUUGUAUUGUUUGUUGGCCUGAUUGAUAAUACAGGAGUCACAUAAUCUAUCUGGCAGAUCAUCCCUCUGUAAAUACUAGAUGAACUAGAUACAUUAAAACCCCCUGCCUGAAAUUAUUCAUCCUUUCGAUUGCAUCCCCAUCUUAUCACAUCCCCAACUAGCCAUUGUCUAACUCAACGUUUGUAUUUCAUUUUUUUGCUAUGCCAGUGGCAUAGUGGUAACAGCAUUUACCUUGUAUUUUCAUGGCACAGAUUCAAAUCUCAGCCGAGGCAGUACAUCUUUAAAAUUUUUCAGGCGUUAUAUCAUUAUAAUUUGGUUUGGGAUUGAUCUUCCCUUGUUUUAUAAAUUAAAAGUCUGAUACAAUAAUUCCCCCCAGAGUCUUAGCUAGGAGGCUGUGUUGACCAUGUGUGAUGUUACCAUUGCCAAAAAUGGAAAACAUAUAUAGACACUGUAAACUACAGUAUAACACAAAUACUGUAAACUGAAACCAUAAAUGUCUCUGCAGUCUAAGGAGAGAGGUUCACUGUUAAAUUCUGCACUAGUCCAUAUACACAUAGAUUAUCAAUCAAGGCAAACUAUGUGCCCAGACAAACCAUCUAUUCAUUGCCCAAGUUCAUCCACUCCAGGUGAUCUGACGGUGGGCAAAAGGACUGGAACUAGCAAUAGAAUAGAAAUCCAUUUUCGUACCUUUAAUCACUUGUCACGCCCUGAUUCUUUUGUGAAACUGCUUGAAACUUUGUGUCUCUGUCUCGCACAGGGAAAUGAAUAUCUGGGACAAGUUUGAGAGAGAAAUCUAAUACCAUUAAUGAGAUAUUGAGUUAUUUUAAAUCAGAAAUGGAUUUCUAUUUUACAACUAGUGCCAGGCCUUUGCCGAGUUUCGAGGUCACCUGGCUGAUGGAUCAUCUGUUGCUACAUAGAUGGUUGCUAGAAUAAUUCAGACCAAAGAUUGAUUCAGACCAAUAAGUAGGGGUGCACCAGUGAGAACUAACCGGCCGGAACCCCGAUUUUUCAGAGUUCCGGUUCUAGCAGGAACUAAUAAAAAAAAACAUGGCUGGAAUCCGAACUUUGUCGUUUUCAGAGAGAUAGCAUAUAUAGUUUAUUUAUUGAAUAGCAUAAGAAGAAAUUUGGACUACACAAGAAAAAUGUACACUAUUAACACUUAUGACGUUUAACAAUAGUCAAUCUUUUUAUUCUGCCAUUUGCAUGCUCUCUCCUUGAUGACUGAAAGUGUCUGACUCUCUGGCAGUAGUCAAAGUAACAUAUGACUAUAUAUCACCAGAUCCGGUUCCGGCUGGAACUUUUAACAUUGGUUCCAGUGCACCCCUACCAAUAAUUCAGUAAAAGAUUGAUUCUUUGUUUCUCUAGCUAUCAUUUAUUGAUACACGUAUCAAAGUUUUCAUUUGAAUGGCAGCACUCUCAAUUGUCUGGCGUUAGACAUCUGGAGUAAAAUAAUAAAGUAGGGCGCUCAGUUUUUGAAAUAUGACAAAAUCGUGAUUUAGAUUUAAUUUUUUGAAGAGAGGUUUCCUGUUAGAAGACAAAACUUGUACCACAUAUAUUGAGCAAUCUUCUAAGAGUUGAAAAUUGUUCACAAAAAUGACGUCAUAACCGUUGCUAUGGUAACAAUGACGUUUCAAUAUGGCCGACAUUUUACCUUUUAACCCAUUUUACUUGGAAAAAAGGCCGGUUAUGCCCAUUUUUUAUUUCGUGAAACGUUUUCAUUCAGAAAAAUGAAUGAUGUGAACAAGUUUAAAAAAAUUCUGUAGAUCCAAAAAAUAUUUAUCACGAAAAAUGACGUUUCUUAAUUUUUUAAAAAUACUGAUCUGCAGAAUUUUUUUAAAUUUGUUCAUAUCAUUCAUUUUUCUAAAUGAGAACGUUUCACGAAAUAAAAAAUGGGCUAACCAGCCUUUUUUUCGACUAAAAUGUGUUAAAAGGUAAAAUGUCGGCCAUAUUGAAAAGUCAUUGUUACCAUAGCAACGAUAAUGACGUCACUUUUUUUGAACAAUUUUCAACUGUUAGAAGAUUGCUCAAUAUAUGUGGUACAAUUUUUGUCUUCUAACAAGAAACCUCUCUUCAAAAAAUUAAGUCUAAAUCACGAUUUUGUCAUAUUUCAAAAACUGUAGGUUAAAAAAAAAAGGGUUAACAGGAUGCACGGGCAGAUUAACCCACUGAAUGGCAGCACUCUCUCCGUGAUGAGUAAAAUCUGGUGAUAGACAGAAUAAAAUAAUAAAGUAGGGCCCAUCAGGGUGCAUUGCCAUUGCAAGGUUUACUAGACAAAUUACAGUAUCUAAAUCUUUCAAGAUGAUUUGACGGAUUAAUUCACCCUUGUCAUGAUGCAUUUUAAGAAUAUAGAACGAACAGUUUUCCUUUGUAGAUCCUGAAUAACAUAUGGGAAAUGUGGAAAUUGCAAGUUAAUUUAACAAAUUUAUUCGGAUCAAAUUAUUACAAUAUACGUUCACUAUGUAGAAAGAAAACAACAAACUAUACAAAUUUUUAGAUUUGUACAAAGAAAAAAAAUAUUAGCGAGUGAUCCAAAAUGGCAAGGUACGAACAGGACUCUAGAAUUUGGACCCAUGCAAGGCACCUGCCAGCAAAGUUGCAAAUUAUAAAAAAUAAUUAAAUAUUAAUAUGUAUGUUACCAAAAUUACUGUGAGAUGAAGGAGUGGAUGAGAGAGAAGAUAGAACAAAGAGAGAAAGAAUGAAAGACGUGUCGACAGACACACAUACGGAGAGAUCUACAGACAGACACACAUACACAACGGGUAAUUCAACAUCGUAGACUGUGUGAACAAGAUGAGAGUACUUGAGUUUAAGAAAGUUUAUAAAAGAGAUACAGUAGGACUGGAAAAAGUAUCAGGAUUAACCGAGCUUCACGCACAAUAUUCCAUGGUUUAACUAUACGGUUAAAAUACGAUGUUUCAAAUGUAGUGGUAUUACACAAAGGUGUUUGGAGGAUAACACUAGAGAUCUGACUGAGUCUAGUACGGCCAUGAUCAACAAAAGAAACAUAAUCGUUAAUGUUAAGGUCAACGUAACCGUACAAGACUUUGAAGAAGAGAACAAUAUCCUUGAUUUCUCUGUCGUAACACCAGCAGUCGUUGUGUGUAAGACAUCUCGCCAGUCUUGGUUUUUAAAAUUCACCCAGUGGCUCUCCUUUGAACACUCUCAAUCUCUUCACUCAGUUUUCUGUUGUGAAAUGGAGACCAUACUUGCGUUGUGUAACAUAACUGCGAUUUUACGAUGGAAAGGUAAAGAGAACGCCUGACUUUGGUAUCCGUUAAAGAUGGUUUGAGCAAUCCAAGCAGUUUGUUGGCUUUCGACGUUAUUUUCAUUCACAUGGAAGUUCCACAAUAGUUUACUGGAUAGGGUGACUCCGUGAUCUUUCUCCUCCUCAACUUCCGGCAACUGUUCCGAACCUAGGCAGUGAACAUAGGAAAUCGGGGUUUUCUUGCGCGUGACGGAUAAAACUUUGCAUUUUGAUACGUUGAAUGUGAGCAUGUUGUUGUCACUGCUCCAAAAAUCUAGGUAAUUGGUUAAAGCUUGCUGCAGCUGGGCACAAUCACUAAUCGAUGUUAUUGUUCUAUAAACCUCUGUGUCAUCUGCGAAUAAGGCUGACAUUGUUCCAUUUUCUACCACUUUGGGAACAUCAUUAAUGAAGAUGACAAACAGCAUUGGUCCUAGGAUACGACCUUGAGGCACUCCAGACGAAACAAGUGUCCAUUGUGAUGCGACGCCAUCCACUACCACUCUUUGUCGACAGUUAUUUAAUUAAUCAGAGAACCAAUCAAGAAGUCUACCUGACACUCCAUAGGCUUUACGUUUUCUGAGAAGAAUAGAGUGAUCCACAGAGUCGAAAGCUUUAGCAAAAUCAAGGUAUAGAAUAUCAGUUUGUGUGUUCUUAUAAUUUUUUGUCUAAUAGAAUGAAGUGACGAGAGAAGCUCUGUAACGCAAGACCGGUCUCUAAGAAAGCCACGUUGAUGUGGACAAAUGAGAUGCAGGACGUGCUGAUAAAGUCUGUUAUACACGCAGCGUUCCAAGACUUUGUUAAUAAUGGGCAGGAGUGAGAUUGGGCGAUAAUUUUCCCCCGGUUCUUUCUGUUUCUUCUUAUGUAUGGGCGUGACAUUUGCUGAUUUCCACUCCGAAGAAACUCAACCGGAUACCAGUGAAAGAUAGAAGACAUCACAGAGGCUUUGUGCGAUUUGAUGGUGACAUUCCUACUGUAGUUAAUCCUCUCUCCAUUUAGGUGUCCAGGUCAAGGCAUCCUGUCAAGGCAUCAGGUCAAGGCUCACCUGGAUUCUUAACUUCUAUCAAAUCGUCGUCGGUGUGUAAAACUAUAUAGAACGACCAAUAUCACGGUGGUUGCCUGUUAAUGCGGGUGUCCCACGAGAAAUAAAGUUAGGACCGAUUUUGUUUCUGAUAAUGAUAAACGAUUUAAGAAUUCCUUCGCAAGAGGUAAUGUUGAGAAUGAACAAAUAAAUGCUAUUAUUAUACAUUUAGUAUGUAUUUUCGUUCCUGAUUGGUCAGAGAGCACCCGAUAAUUCUCAAUAUUCGGUACUUAUUACUUAAUUUCAGCUGCUGACGUGCCCAGCGUCCAGCGUCCAAUGAUAGUUUUUUUUUUAUCGAACUGGCUUCCAAAAAAAAUAAAUUAUUGGACGCUGUCGUGCCCAAGUCCAGGCGCGGCCAACAACUCAAACCCAAAAGCGCGCGAAAUAAAACAAACAAAAUGGCUCACAGUAAUAAACUUCGUUUAAUCGUCAACAUCGACGUCAACACCUUAAAACGUCUACAUAUAUUACGAGUAUUGCGUUGCGGUGGUCUCCCUGCGCAAGCUAUUGUACGAUCUGUCCUAGAAUAUUGCUGCGUAGUAUGGCACCAUGCCAUCCCUGAGUACUUAUCUGAAGAGGUUGAACGUGUCCAGAAACGUGCUUUCAGGAUAAAAUCAUAUUUUAACGAUAACAGAUAUAAUAAAAGAACAAAAUUAACUUCGCUCUUGCAAAAAUCCGUUAUAUAACAACAAUUCAUAUUAUUGUUAUGACUGGUAAAUUGAAAUAAGUAAAAUACUUUGUUAUUGUUAUGUAAAAUUUCAAUUUUCCAUGACUAAAAUUGAUUUUCCAGGAUUUCCAGGCCUGGAUUUUGGAAUAUUGAAAUUCCAUGACUUUCCAGGACCCGUACGAACCCUGACCUGGGUUGCAUUAUGCGGAUGCUCUAAAUAAUCUAAAAAAUUGUAUAACUGUGAUAAUAAAUUUACGUGGUGUUUCCACAAACAAAAUUAUUAAAUUGCAUAACUGUAAAACUUUGAAAGAAAGGAGAGGAGUUAUAUUUAAAAACCUUAAAUAAAAUAGCUAUAGGUGGGCCUCUUCUACUUCUACUUUAUUACUCUUCAAGGCAUGUACCGAGAACUAUUUUCGAGGCAUGUAUGCCGAGAACUAGAGCCAAUGCUCAUGGGUAUAAUUUAAGAAAUCCUAAUUUAUUAACAUUACCCCGUUGUCGAACUGAAAGUCUCCAUCGAAGUUUUAUUCCUGGUACCAUUAAAUUGUUUAAUAACAAAUCUAAAUAGUUGCGUGUAAUUUAAUUGCAUUCGUACAGGUAUAUCUGUAAUCUAUAGUAUCUUUUUAUCAAUAAUUGUAAACCAGUCCCAGUGCAUGAGCUAUGUUUUAUAGUUUGUUUUUAAAGUCUUGGAACUUUGGUAAAUUUCUUUUUAACUUUUGUAAUUCGCUAUACUUUAGCGUGAAUAAUGUUGUCAAUAAACACACCUAUUAUUAUUACUAACAUAUAUACUCUGGGGCCAAUUGGCCCACUAGUUAGUGGUUCAGACUGGGCCAUAACUUUAUCCUGAGUGACCUAAAUCUUACCCUGGGGAGCCUACACUGGGCCCACAGGUCUAAAUCCCGCACAGCUCUAAAUCCAUCUAAUAUAGUUGACCGUUAAUUGAAAAAGGUAUUUUAAUGCAGGAUUCUAUAAAAGUAAUUUUUUAAGUUUUCGUUUUCUAAGUGAGGUAGUAAUUCGGUUGUCUUUAUAGAUCCUGUUCAAGAUUAUAUUGACAGUUUUGCGCAAAGGAAUGUUAGUAAAGAGAGAUGUGACGUCAAAAGAUACAAACCUGUAACCUUGUAAAAAUAACUGUGACGCAGUAACAUGUAUUCAUAGCAUUCCUUCACACUUAUUUUUACAACGUUACAGGUUUGUGUCUUUUGACGUCACAUCUCUCUUUACUGACAUUCCUUUGCGCGAAACUAUCAAUCUAACCUUGAACAGAAUCUAUAAAGACAAACGAACACUUAAAAUAUUACUUUUAUAGACUCCUGCACUAAAACGCACUUCUCAAUUAACGGUCCACUAUACAGACAAAUAUCUAUGGGCAUUUGGACCUACUCUUGCUGACAUUACUGAUUGGCUAGUUCUAACACCGGAUAUUGUUUUCUUGCCAUGUUUUUAUGGUAUCCGGUUAUGGAUUUGGCCAGAGCACCUCGUCACACCGCGCGUAAGAAGGGCUCUGGGUACGAGAAUGUGACUGCCUUUGAAGACGAAAUUGUGAAACCUCUCCUACAUUAUUAAAUUCUAUACACGUUUUUGACUUGCCAUUUCAGGAAAUACUCCUUUACACCUGGCAAUCAUGCUUGGCCACAAGGGUAAGUUGUGCUUAACUUAAAAGUAAUAUACGCAUUUAUUGAUUUCGCUGUAGUGGUGGACAUUAGGGCGACCAAGGGGCAACUCCCAAUGAUUUCUGAAAGCCUUUGAUUGAUAGCUGAAUAACUGUGUAACAAAACUGUAACAAUAAUUUUUCAUGAAAGCAUUAUUGGUAAGCUAUAAAUGAAGCUAUAUAUACUGCCUGAAUUUACGGCAAAAGAUGUACAGAAGUACGAUUUCUAGCAACAAAAGGUAAUUAUAUGGUGGCAACCUAAAUCCCCCCUCCCCAGUAUUUUGCGAGGUGCCCGCAACUGCUAUAUAGUUUUGUUUCUUCAACUUAGAAUGUGUGUUCCUACUUCUUGAGAAAAAUGCUCCAGUCAAGGUGAAAAAUGAAGCAGGAUGGAGUCCACUUGCAGAAGCUAUUAGCUGGGGAAGUAGAUCAAUUGGUAUGAAACUAAUUUGAAAUUUGGUAGUGAAUAUGCACAUAAGCACUAUAUUGUGCAACAUAAGCACUAUAUUGUGCAACAGAUAGUGAUCAACCAGCAGUAUAUCAAUCCAUAUAGUGACUUAACUAACUUCCCAAUCGUUCGAUACGUUGAAGUUCUGCAACACUGCAGCUGUCUGUUAUUGCCUCUGCCUACACUGCAUGGCACCGACGGUUCGAGAUCAGUCCAAUCAAUAGACAACUUCCAUGUUAGACUAAUUUUUGAUCUAGGCAAAGAAAAGUAAAUUCCCGUAAAGAACUUAUUAAAAUUAGUAAAAUUGCAAAAUGUGGUUACGAAAUGUUGUAACUUACGGAAAAUAUAGCCUUGCGAAGUUUGCAUAUUUUGUAUAUGUUUGUAUUACGUGCGGAAAUUGUUACCAUUUUUGAGCCGAAAACGGUAACAAUUUCCACACGUAAUACAAAUAUAUACAAAAUUUUGAAACUUUGCAAGGCUAUAUUUUCCAAGUUUUAUAUCUUUUCGUAACCAAAUUUUGCAAUUUUACUAAUUUAAUUAUGUUCUUUUAGCUGUGGUGUUUGAUUCCCUUCUCUUUACUUAGAUUAAAUUUAGUCUAACUACAUGCAACUUGUCCAUUCAUGUGUUAGACCACCAGUCACUAAUUAGACCACGGUUUGCUCAAUUUUGCUCUGGGUUUGAGAAAAUCAUUUGGUUUUUUGUAGUUAAAGCUGUGCUAAGAAAAAUGAAAGAGCAAAAUCAGCAUAAUGUGGACAAGAGUCGACCUGAAUUAAUCGAAGCUUUGCGUGGGGUAUAUUAUUCAAAAUAAAUUGUAUUGUAAUAUUUAAUAUAGUAUAAUCUGUUCAUGCAUGGUAUUUAAAGUAUUGUGCCUACUAUACUUUUGUAUUGCUUUGAAAGUGGUAGGCACUUGUUGGGCUUGAAACUAUAAAUUGUUAUAAUUAUUUCCUCAAAAAAUUCAAAGCACAUGUCCUCGGAUUGCUGUAAGGAACUACAGUAUUAGGAAGAUUUAGAUUAUGGAUGGCAACACGAGAAGGACUGAAAAUGGCGUGUCUGUUUGUGCCAUCUGCAUAAUAUUCUUCAUGUGCAGUAUGCUGGCAGACAACGACAUUUUCGCAUCCUGUUCCCCGUCAUCGUCGCAUUUCUGUCUUUAAUCUAAAUGAAUUACCCACUUUGUGAGAAUUAAAUGUCUAUAUUUCUUCACAUACAGACUGGCCGGGAUCAUAUUUUUUACUUUUCAAAAAUAAUUACUGUCACUGGCAAUCAUAAAAGAUUGAAUUGAACAUGAAAAUUGAGCAUUAACUACAUACUGGGGGCUGCACCCCAAUAAUUUUUUCAGUGGGCCAGAUUCUACUUAAAUAUUUUUGUAUUUGUCAGGCAAUUUCAUUCAACAUCGGGUAUAUUUUUGUCCCCCCCCACUACUUUUUUCCUCCCGUACGACUAUGAAUGAAAAUAUAGUUAUUACUUUGAAAUUAGUAAUAACUAUAUUACUGAAAUAUUUCAGUUAGUCUGACUUACUGAGCAGGAAACGUUUUCUACAGAAAACUUUGUAUCAAUUUUAUGAAAGUCAUGUUCAGCUUUGAAUAUAGCCACGUUUUGCUUUAUCACAGAAUUAUAAUAAGAUACAUGAAAAAAAUCUCAAUUCUGAUUGGCUAAGAGCAGUGCAAUUUUUUCGAAAUACAGUGUCAAAAAAUAGGCACUCAAGGAGUGCGUAAGGAUUUGCAAUUUGGUUGUCGAUUUUAUAAUGCAAGAGGUACAACGUUUAGUCAUUGGUGUAUUCUACGAAAAUGAACGGGGUUUUUGCCCGAAAGAUUGCGAAUAACGACAAACACAAGUGGCGGAUAAUAGCUUCCGGCGGUUUACGAAUACCCGACUCGGAACUCAACGUCAAUAAUGUGUUACUAUCUAUCUAUCUAUCUAUCUAUCUAUCUAUCUAUCUAUCUAUCUAUCUAUCUAUCUAUCUAUCUAUCUAUCUAUCUAUCUAUCUAUCUAUCUAUCUAUCUAUCUUACACACCCGAUGACAUAAAGGAUUUUUAUAUAUUAUUAGCACAUGACAUAUUAUUAGCACUGAUGAAGAUCCGGGCUUACGGAUCGAAAGCUUUGCAGUAAUAAAUUUACGUGGUGUUUCCACAAACAAAACUGUUAUAUGUUUUAUCGCCAUGCAAACAUACAAAGAACUUAUAAAGGAUUUUGCUUCGCAAAUCCUUAAAAAUGAAAUACAGUGCAAAUUUCAUUGAUUAUUUAGGCUUUCUGAUUGGCUUAAAAUAUGAAACAAUAACAAAGAUCAGGGCUCGAAAGAACGUUGCCAAUGUUCCCGAUCAUAAUGAUCAGUAGUCAUGAUUUUCUGCUGAUCAAAUGAAAAUCUAGCCGAUCAGUAUAGGAUAUGGUCUGUUUAUAUGUUCUGUGAUGAUGCCGUAGUAUUGCAUGGUGUUCGUUAACGACAUUAACCGUGUUUUUGAGACAAUGGUUCUUGCCGAUCAAAAUGGUCGGCAACCUUGCUUCUCUGCCGAUCAAAACCAAUGUCCUGCCGAUCACUGAUCGUUGAUCGGCCGUUAUUCCGUGCCCUGAAGAUAGCCAAUAAGGUACAGCAAUUUCCAGCAGAAAUAAUACAAAAAACAAACAUUUAGGAGUUAAAAAUGGCUAGCGUUAAUUUUUUAUGCAUAUUUAUCAUUGGUAGUCUUUGAAAAACUCACUCGUGCAUGUUUUUUCCAAAUUGCACUCGAAACCAUACUAUUACCUAUACUAAUAUAUAAUAUGUACUUUCUUUAAAUCCUUUUUAUAGCUUGGGGAUUUUUAUGUUGAAUUAAAGUGGGACUUCUCGAGUUGGAGUAAGGGCUAUAAAUGAUAACUAAUGCUCAUGCAUGCAGAUAAUGUCAAGGAUGUUGUGUUCAAUUUCAUUAACACUCGAUGUAACUCAUAUACAUUAACUCAUUUAUUGUACAUAAUUUUAACUCGUGUUCAUUUCUCUUUUCUUUGUCUUCACAGUCCCACUAGUGUCUAGAAUAUUACCAUCAGAUACAUGUAAAAUUUACAAGAAAGGUUGUUGUAUAAGGUAAAUAUUGUAAUUACACACAAUUUCUUAUUGAAUUCCUU